AUGGAUGAAUACUCAGCCGGCGGCGGCGGGAAGCUCAAACUCAAAGGCGCCAAAGUUAGCGACGGCCGGGUCAAAAAGAAGAAGAGUAGCAAGAAGAGCUCUUCCGCCACUACCGCUGCUGGCGCGGGCGGAGCCGAGAAGGAAAGAGAGAAGAGCAGCGAAGCUGCAGCUGCUGGGGAGGAGGGAUCCUCUACUACUACUACUGGUGCUUUACCGGGUGAAGAAGGGGAGGAGGGUAAUGGAUCCUCGACCCCACAGUCGCAGUCGCAUGCGCCUGCGAAGACGGAAGCUGAGAAGAGGCAUGAGGAGAUGAGGAGGAAGCGGGCAUUAGAGCGACUGAAGCGCGACGGUAUCAAGACCCAUAAGGAGCGGGUCGAGGAACUGAAUAAGUACUUGAGCAGAUUGAGCGAGCACCACGAUAUGCCCAAGAUUGGACCCGGCUAA